CUCUUGCUUUGUUUUACGGAAUUUUGGAUAAAAUUUAUGUGUUAAUAUUGUAUUUAGUAAAAAUAAAGGCGCAAUGGCAUCAGUACAAGAUCAUUGCAUCACGAUGGAAGGGUGUGCAUCGAUUAUACACGAGUAUUUGAAAUACAGCGUGCAUUCGAUCAUCUACCAACGAGGAAUCUAUCCGUCUGGUGACUUUCUGCCCGAAGAAUAUAAUGGCGUACCAGUGAUGGUUUCACGGAACAGUAAAAUUAAAUCUUGCAUCGAUCACAUAAUGGGGGAAGUAAAGGAAUUGAUAAUGAAGCGGUUGAUAUUCAAGAUUACGGUGUGUAUCAUUACGUUGGACAAAGGCGAUAUUAUCGAACGCUGGGAUUUUAAGAUCAAACCACAAUAUGAGGAUGAAAGGGUAUCGACAUCGACAAAACCACUGUCGAAGAUACAAUCGGAGAUACGCGAUGUGAUGAGACAAAUCAUUUCUACGGUUAGCUUCUUGCCCUGUCUCGAAGAGCGUUGUACCUUUGACAUUAUACUCCAUACAGCAUCAAACGUUUUCGAAAAACAACCCAACAUGUACCAGGAAUGCUUGGAAGAGAAUGAGGCUAGCAUUGAGGUGAAGAAUGCUCAAACGCUGCGACUGAAGCAGUUUAGUACCGGUUUAAAUCAGGUAGAUACUGAAGUAAUUUACCGGAAGGCUGAACCCUGAAAUGGAGUGCAGGACAAGUUGUGCGCUAAAUGUAUGUAACAAAUUGAUUCUUUUAUGUAUUAACCAAAAUAAAAAUUAUAUUUCUAUUGCCUUAACCACUCAAUAAAAUAGCAAUCAC